GAGACCAGCGAAGUCAUCUUAAAAGUCGUAGACUCGGAUCAAGGCGCGAUUGUCGCGUUCGCGAAAUGGAAGUGUCCCACGUCUGCAGAUCGCGAUCGGCAUGAACGUGAGGAACCUGUGGUUUGGGCCCCUAGUUGUGAUGGGGAACUAUGCGAUCGUUUCUUUUCUGGUAUGGAGGAACUGCAUGGGAAGUGGAUGGGGGAUAGGCCGCACUAUUAUCUUGACAUGCUGGCUGUUCAUCCAUCUCAUCAGGGCCGUGGGCUGGCAUCGAAGCUAUUGAAAUGGGGCCUUGCGCAUGCUGAUGAAGAGGGAGUAGAGGUCUAUUUGUCUUCAUCGCCGGAGGGCAAGCCCGUGUAUGAGAAGUAUGGAUUCCAGGGCUUGGAGUCAUUUUCGCCAUUCCCUGGUUAUGUGCAAGUGUGUAUGUUGCGGCCGGUAAAGGGGCAAUGA